AGACCAGACCAUUCGAGUGGCGUACGGCCGAGAGACCACCACUAAACAAGUCGCGUCAAAUAAUUACUCGCCAGUGAAAUAAACCGUGUUUCUCUAAUGUUAAGUGUGAAUGUUCUGCGAUAAGAUGGCUUAUUUGUGGUCCUGUGCUAUGUUGUUAGUUAAUUUAAUUCUCGGAGUCACCGAUGGACUGAAUGUGUCUUACCCAACGUGCGUGAUCGGCGCAGGCUACUCCGGCCUGGGCGCGGCUCGGUACCUCAAAGAGUACGGCGUAGACUUCAAGGUCCUCGAGGCGACCAGGCACGUGGGCGGCACCUGGCGGUUCGACCCUCACGUCGGCUCUGAUGAAGAUGGCCUGCCGCUGUUCACCAGCAUGUAUAAGAACCUGAGGACAAACACCCCCCGGCAGACGAUGGAAUAUUCCGGGUUCCCGUUCCCAGAGGACACGCCCUCCUACCCCACCUCCACCUGCUUCUACCGGUACCUGAAGAACUUCACCAAAGAGUUUGACUUCGAGAAACAUAUCCAGUUCAGGAGCCUGGUGACGGAUGUGAAGUGGGCGGGUGGCCACUGGAAUGUGACGUACCACCGCACGGACACCAGGGUCAACCAGACGGAGCCUUGUGGCUUUCUUAUCAUUGCCAGCGGGGAGUACCGCAAACCUGUCAUGCCCAAGUUCAUUGGACAGGAUACUUUCAGAGGAACCGUCAUCCACAGUCACGAUUACAAAGACCCAGAGACAUACAGAGGUCGUCGGGUGCUGUUAGUGGGAGCUGGUGCUUCAGGGUUGGACCUGGCGACUCAUCUGAGUAAUGUGACCGCGAAGUUGGUCCACAGCCACCACCUCGCCUACAACCAACCCUACUUCGGACCCAACUACGUGAAGAAACCAGAUAUCUUGUCCUUCACCACUGAUGGAGUGGUAUUCAAGGAUGAUAGCUUUGAAGAAAUCGAUGAUGUUAUAUUUUGUACAGGAUAUGAUUACGAGCACAGCUUCCUAGACAAGAGCUGCGGCAUCACCGCAACGAGCAAAUUCUUGCUACCCCUCUACCAGCACAUGGUGAACAUCAGAUAUCCCAGCAUGGUCUUCAUUGGAGUCCCCAAGAAGGUCAUCAAUAGGGUCCUUGAUGCUCAGGGUCAAUAUGCAGCAGCGCUGGCAGCUAAGAAGUUUGAGUUGCCCUCCGGACAGGCGAUGCUGAGGGCGUGGCUGGAUAACGCUUACAAGCUGCAAGCGAAGGGCAUGACCAUGAUCGACAUCAACGUUAUUGGGGAUGAGAUGGACAACUACUUCGCCACGCUAUCCAAAGAAGCAGGCGUGGUGCGAGCUCCUCCAGUCUUGAGUACAAUCCGGGACUUCAACGCCAAGAACCGACUGGAAGACUUGCUAAACUAUCGCGACUAUGACUACAAGUUGUUAGACGACAAACAUUACGAGCGAUUGUACAAUUUGAGGAAGAACCACACUUGCCCUAUAGAGGACUAGGUUCAUAUUGAACUUUUUGAGAUGAACGUGGAUGACAAAUUAUAUUGAGGAGUUUUAACGAAUUUUAUAUUUCUGGGAGAGCGCCAGGUGUUGUGAUGCUUGUGCUGCGGUUUUCUGGUAAAGGUCAAUUUAAUAAAAAGUUGUUUGAGAAAAAUGUCUCAAUUAGACAAACUCUUGUGUGGGAAAACUAUACGGAACAGUAGCAAUGACAUACUGAGAUGUGAUAGACUCUUAGUUACUUUUAUUUUUGAGCUUAUAAGCCUGUAAAUAAUUCGCUCUGAUAGGUUUUGAUUGCUCUAUUGUUUGGUAAUGAACCUCUAGAAUGGAACAGAUAAUCCAUGACAGAAUGAACUCUUUAAAUAAGACAAUUCCAUGACCAAAUGUGAACAAGUUAGAUAUUUUGUAAUAUACCUACCUAGAUUUAAUAUACUUACAUCAAGGUUUAUUUUGUUUAGUAUUAAAAAGUAAGAAUGUAGACUUGUUUAUUGAAAAAAAAAAAACGGUUGAUCGAUCGUACCAAGCCCUUUGAUUAAAUCGGAGAGUUUCAUACUUCAAUUACUUACUUAUUAAAAAGCUCUAAUCAAAGGUUUCUAUCACUAAUUUGUUGAUUGACCUAUCAAUCGACAAGAUAAACGACGCUAGUAAAAAAUAAACAUAUUGUAAGUAAUUUUUAAAACCGUAUCGUAUUCCUCAAUUCUUUAGGUUAGGUAAGCGGAUCUCCCUAGCGUUACCACUGCCAGCGGAGAAGAUGUACAUUCAUGCUAUAUUCUCCAGAUCAUUCUAACUUGCUUAUAUCUAAAUACAAAGCGUAAAAUUCUAAGUUACCUACUUUUCUUACAAUUUGUUAUUUUUGUUACGUAACUGUAAUUUGUACAUAAAAUGUUUUUUUACUUCAUUUUGCCAGUCAUAAGAGAAAUUGUAAGCGAGUACAAAAGAUUUAAAAUAGGUAGAUAAAAUACAUAGAUACCUACUAGAUCUGUUGUUGUAAAUAAAAAUGUUCCGUUUAAUAUUGUGAAAUGUAGAAUUUUGUAUAAGACUGGAAUAAAAUGAUCAAUGUGAUUGAGUGAAAUAAAGUUCUCAUUAGAAAAUGGAAUACUUUUUAGACGCCUGAA